CACACACACACACCCUCCUCCGCUCUGUUUUCCCCAAGUGCACCAUCUCCCUGCCUCAACUGCCUUGCCUCACAGUGCCCAUGUCUAGGCUGUCUCCCUAAUGCAAACGUGAAUUAACUUCCCAGUAAUGGGGAUCGCUGUGAACCGGGGCGCUCGCAUUUCCACCUAAGCGGAGAGAGACAGACAGCACGGACGAAAAACAGACUCGACGUCGAUGAAGUGUGCGAUUUAAUAACUGGAGCACCGCGUCCGUUUAUCAUACUCGUGCUUAUAAGCGUUUCUUUUACUCUCAAAAAAAGAGCCCCACUCGGCAAGUUAUCGCCAAUAAGACCAGGAUAACAAGUCUGUUAAACACCUCUACAGACCGACAAAAUAGCAAAGUUGAUGACCCAGAAGGAUCUCUUUCGUUACUGUCUUUGAAGACGGAUUAUCCAAACCAUUCAACAAGGAAACUCCUUUCUAUCGAGACCUUGGCUCCUGAAGAAUGAGCAACCAAUGAGAGAAAAGGCAGAGUAUUCUAAAUGGAUGAUCCGGGCUGCUUUCAAGGAACGGCACUGCUUUCAGUCCUAACCUCUCAGGCCUGUUUCCCUGUCCCUUGUAAGGAAGGGUUGUGAUGCCAGUGUUCAAGGAAAAUCAAUCCCCUGUGCUAAGCUGCCACCUGCGGGUUGGGUUCCUGGGUAUUCUGAAGUUCUCCUGGAAUUUCAGUCUGUGUCAUCAGACGUUUUCAAUCAAGCCUCAAGUGAAAAGAUCAAGGAGUCAUCCUCCAGGCCUCUCGUCUCUCCCUGGCUGGGGAGUCUUCUAGAAGGGGGCCCCUCCUGACCAACAUGAAAGGGUUAGGAGCCAACCGCAAUCGCUCCGACUCCUGCGACCCCACCCAUGGCCCCCCGGAGCCCCUGUACCCCCACCAGGCCUCCACACUGCCUCGGAGCCCCUACCUUCUCAGCCCCACCAGCAUGGACCACUACGGCACCAUGGACCCGCACCACUACAACCCCUCUGUGGACCACCACUACAAUCAGGGCUCCCUGCCCCCGGACUACUCUCUCCCCCUCAACAACCAGCUGUCCAACAGCAGCACCUUCCCCCGCAUCCAUUACAACGCCCACUACGACCCGUCCGACUUCUCCCCGCCGCAGGGGGACAGCAUCGGGGGCAUUAGCACGGGAACCCUGGGCACCUCCAUGUCCAUGGGCAUGGGAAUGGGCAUAGGGAUGCAUGGCUCGAGUGGCAUGGGGGGCCUGCAGAGCGGUCGGGGGUCCAUGAUCACCAGCGGUUCUGCCACCAUCUCCGGCGGGGCCAAGAUGAACCGGCAGCUGGCGCCUAACUUGCUGGACCAGUUGGACAAGCAGCUGCCUGGGGGGCCCAGAGAUGGCUUCAGUACACUGCAGUUCCACCGGAGCACAUCGGCCGCCCUCUCCGCCGCCUCCAAGCAGCGCACCGACAGCCCCGGGCGCAUCCGUAACCUGGUGUGCUCUGUCCAGAAGCUCUUCGCCAAGUCACAGUCCAUGGAUGGCCACAACCUCAAGGGUGUCAACGGGCGUUCGGGUGCAGGAAGUGGCAGCGGCGGGACCUCAUCCGGGACCGAGGAUGGUGGGAAGCGGGACCAGCGAGCCAAGAGCAAAGACCGGGGCGGGUCCAAGUCAGACGGGGGCGGGACGGGCAAGCGGCGGCCGCGCUCCAACAUGUCGGGCUACUGGAGCUCGGACGACCUGGACAGUGCUGACCUCAGCAACUACCGCAACCCCAUAGCCAUGACACUGGGACGACCCACAGCGCAUGCCACCCAGCACGCCACCCACGGUACUGCCUACGAUUCCCAGCAGGGGGCACUACAGCAGCAGCAGGGGCACCAGAGCCGCUACGUGGUCCACAGCGGAUACAACACCAUCAGCUCAUCCAAGAGCAACAACGAGGUCAUAAAGUAUCAACAGGCACUGCCAGGACCCGGGGGCGGAGGUGGGGGCGGAGGAGGAGGUGGAGGUGGGAUCAGCAUGGGGGUGAACAGUAAUGACUUUAUGAAGGGGGGUUCGUGGUCGACACUGACCCUGGGUCAGCCCAGACAGGUGCUGCAGAAGGGCCACUCGGCGACCCUGGACCGGUCCAUGCUCAAGUCCAAGUCGUGCCAGCAGGAGCUGGCCUGCCACUACCUGCAAGUGGGCCGACAGGGGGACUGGAGUAACACGCUGGGUCGCAGCGGUGGAGGAGCCGGAGCCAACGAGAUCCCAUGCAGGCGCAUGCGGAGUGGCAGCUACGUGAAGGCCAUGGGUGACCUGGAGGACAGCGACGACUCAGACGGCAGCAUCAAGCCCUCGCCCAAAAUGGCCGCCCGCCGCCAGAGCUACCUCAGGGCCACCCAGCAGUCUCUGAGCGACCAGCUACCGUCACGCAAGAGCAGCAGAGCCCUGGAUUACGCCAUGCUGCAGGGGGAGCUGGAGGCACUGUGGUCUCCUCUGCACAGUGUGUCCUCUCUGCACCAACUGGGCAGCUGUCUUCCCUCUCUGAGAGAGCUGUCCACCAACCGUAGCCUGGACAACCUGGACUGUCUGGGGGGUCCGGUGGGGGGCUCCCUGUUCCCCCGCUGGGAUGAUGAGGACUUCAGCCAGGGUGGCGGCUGCAGCACCCUGGGGAGGAGCAGCUGCAUUGACCAGCUACGAGACCUAGAGAUGUUGAGCCAACGCUACGAGGAUAGCUGCCCCGAGUCGUCGUUCCGAGAUUCCCACACACUCUCACGCUCCCAUUCCCAGGCAGUGGAGCCUCCAGAUCUACCCAUGCCCACGUGCUUCCGAUCUCGUAGCCAUAGCUACCUGCGGGCCAUCCAGGCCGGAUGCUCGCAGGAUGACGACACUGCUUCUGUGGACUCGGAUUCGCCGCCGCCAACCGCCACUACUGUUCGUACCUACAGCACCAGCACUGUCUCCACAUGCAUCACCACCUCUAAGAAGCCGGCGCCCCCGCCCGUGCCACCCCGCACCACCUCCAAGCCCUACAUCUCUGUGACGGUGCAGAGCAGCACUGAGUCGGCCCAGGACACCUACCUAGAUCACCAGUCUGAGCGCGACCGCCGCAGCGAAACCAUCACCAGCCAGUCUAGCCAGGCACACAGCAACUCCUCCGACAGCCUCGACAGCACGCGCGCCAACAGCCUGGCUCGGGGUGUCCCUCGGCCUAUCCCCAUGCCCGUCGCCACCCACCGGGAACCCAUCGCCGCCACCGUCCACCACGCCACCACCGGGACUGAGACCAAUGACUCCCAGCAUGAACCCCUGAGGACAGGCGCCAACAGAGGGAGCCUGACAGCAGAGGAGCCACGAGCGGACUUCGUGCCCCGGAGAAAGCUCUCCUCCAUAGGGAUACAGGUUGACUGCAUUCAGGAGGAAGUCCAGCGAGAGGAGACACCUCCAUUGGCCAGAUUCCAGUCAAUCGGAAUCCAGGCGGACGACGGCUGGCUCAGUCGCUCCAGUAGCAUGGCCUCCAAGCAGGAGACAGACUCUGACACACAGGACCUUCCCAUCAACUCGCACGCCAACUCCCACGCCAAGCCCGCCGCCGAGAAGAAGAGCAUGGUCAACAGCGCCUGCCAAUCCAUGGUGUCGCCCCCGUGCAGCGGCCAGGUCAGCAAGGGCAACGGAUCAAAUCCCACCGUUGACACCAGUACGUCGCCACCUCCGCUUCGGCAUAUCCUCAACCGCUCCACCACACGGUCCGACGACUCCGACUCCUUCUCCGAGAGCAUGGACCCAGCCCUGGACCCCUCAUCCCUGCCCCCUCCAGACCCCUGGCUGGAGAGCGGGAACGGAAAUAGCGGUAGCGGGAACCCUAAUGCGGUGCCCCCUCCAGGCCCUGCCUGCCGGAGGGACGGACACUGGUUCCUCAAGCUGCUGCAGGCGGAGACGGGCCGCAUGGAGGGCUGGUGCCAGCAGAUGGAGCAAGAGACCAAAGACAACCAGCUCUCAGAGGAGGUGUUGGGGAAGGUCCGCAGUGCAGUGGGCAGUGCUCAGCUCCUCAUGACCAAGAAAUUUGAGCAGUUCAGAGGGCUGUGUGAACAAAACUUGAAUGUGAACGCCAACCCGCGGCCCACAGCCCAGGACCUGGCGGGCUUCUGGGACCUACUGCAGCUCUCCAUCGAGGACAUCAGCCUCAAAUUCGACGAGCUCUACCAACUCAAGUCCAGCGACUGGCAGUCCCCUGCCGUGGCCCACUCGCCCCCUGAGCGGAAGGAGGACAAGAAAGAGCCCCCUCCUCCAGUGCCAAAGAAGCCCGGUAAGGGGAGGCCGGUGCUGGGCCGCGAGAAGAGCGCCGACUCCGCCUCGUCCACCUCUUCGGCGGAGAAGCAGCGGACGGAGGCCCGCAAGCGCCUACUGGCUGCCAAGAGGGCCGCCUCGGUCCGGCAGAACUCGGCCACGGAGAGCGCCGACAGCAUCGAGAUCUAUGUCCCUGAGGCCCAGACUCGCCUCUAAGAGAGAGAAACUGGGAUGGCAGAGGGAGAGAGGGGGGAGGGGGGGGUCUUCUCACCACACACAGGGUAGUCUGGUCUUAGUGGCCGCAAGUCUACAGUAGAUGGAGUGAGAAACAAAGAGAGAGAGAGAACUUUUGGGCUGUAGACGAUAUGGGGAAUGCUUGUCUCCUCUCACGAGGCUGCAAUGGAAAAACCUAAACCACAGCCUUUGUUACUAUUUUUAGAACUUUUUUGAGGUUAUUUUAUUAAGAUCCCCAUUAGCUCUUGCGAAAGCAGCAGCUACUCUUCCUGGGGUCCACACAAAACAUGAAACACGUCAUAAUACAGAACAUUAAUAGACAAGAACAGCAUACAUGUAAAACGUUGCACAUAGCCUACAUACCAGUACAUACACACAAAACUCUUGAGUAUUACGCAAAUUAUGACAUUUUUUAUUGAUGAUGGUAUUAUUAUUAUCUCCUAAAGAAACUAUAUCAAGACUAUUUUAGAUGUACCUGUAUCUUGGCUAUAAGAGAUCUAAUAUGCGGACAGAGUAAGCGUUUGUGCUUUCCAAAGCCCCUCCCUCUCCCUUGCCUUGGCCAACCCAUAGUUUGCACAACACCACCAUGUGGUCAAACGUACACACACUUAUUCAGAGGAGCGCGCACACACACACACACACACACGCGCAUCAGACCCACAGCUAUCAAUGUCUUCCUGGUGCUUUUUUGUUCUCAUUGUUUUCUUCUGUUUUGUAUGAGCCUUUGCCUGCAGUUCUAGAUUCGUGAGCAGUUUCGGAAAGCAGGGCACCGAAAACUGAAUUAGGAAAUAGAGGAUCGGGGGUAUUUAACGUCAAAUAUCACAACUUCUAUAUAUAAGUGAGAUCUAUUGAAAGCAUCAUGUAUGUUUUUGUCCGACCUUUGUUAAGGAUGUAUAUGAAAAAAACAAUCGGUACUUUAUAACUGACUCAAACUACACUUACACAUCAGUAUUUACUGGAGUAACGUUUGAAGAUCCUACUUUUCCAUUGAGAUGAUAUUGUUUUCUGACAUUUUUGGUCUGAGGAUGUAUUCAUCAGCCAGUGUCCACAGUCCCAUGACAAUGGCCACACUUUGCGCUCGCAUGUGUCUCCAUUGGUCUGUGAAUUUACUAAUCGGUCCUUUUUAUAAGGCACCACACAGGGGGGGGGGGGGGGGGGGGGGGGGGGGAUGACUGAAACCUGGUGGAAACGCUCCUUUAAUUGUCCAUGGCAAAAUAUUUCGCUACGUUGUUCCCUAAUGAAUACAACCAUGGUGUAGGUAUAUCAGAUCAAUUGAAUAUAAUUCAGGUUUUGUGGAAAACUUGCACGUAGAGGGGUUAGACAUGACCACCAUUGAGAACUGUCCCGCUGGGAAAAAUGUGAUUGAGUUUUGUAUUGUUUCCUUGUUAUUUCAGGAUGCUUUUAACAACGUUAUCAUGUUGCAUCAUUGUGGCUAUUUCAUUGAACAUUUUCAAAAGUCUGCGGGUUUUAUAAAGUAGGUACUUUCAAGCAACUCCAGCUUGUUGCGGCAGCAAUAUAAUUCAAAAUGGUUUCUUUCCCAAACUUCUGCCUCAACUUCCCUCUCUACAAUUCACCUUGUUUUUUAAAUUGUAAAUGAGUUUGCACAGAUGCUGGUGUGUUUCCCAUACGGGACCACUACUCAGUUUGCAUGGGAAAGUUGUGGUCAAUUCCACCUCAAAUUCCAGUCACUUCAACCAUAAUUCCAUUUAAAAUCUCUAUAGGAGAGCAAAUGAAACUAAGGCCAAUUCAGACUUGAGGUUAAGCAUCAAAUAACUUUGACUAAUGCCUGCUAAAUGACAGUAUUGUAUUCGACUAUUCUCCACACUGCACACACCCAUGUAAAUGGUCUGUGAUUCACUGCACUGCAUAUUCAGUGCUACUGUAUGGCUUUUCUCACAUCACAGUUCCUGACCAGACGGCCUCUUCAAAAGAGAUGGAGAAAGGAAAGGACACAACUCGAGGAGACUAAAGAAAGGAUUAGGAGACUAGGAGAGGAAACUGCUUUAGACUAUUUCAGUAGCACUGUUUGAAACCAUGUUGGAAGCUCUCUUACCCCCCCCCCCCCCCACCCCCCCUACAGGUAAUAGUUUGCACUACAUCUCAAUUGUCCAUGACAGUUUUGGAGGGAAGGAUUUCAUUCUUGAAUGUAGAAGAAGACAUUGUUUGUAUUACAUUUUUUUUAACUAAGCACCCUGUCAUACCACUGCCUACCACUUGUUGUAGUUUUAUUUACGUUAAAUAUCAUCCCUAGAUACUUACACAUUUUUGAAUUGAGACAAAUGAUUACAUCUCUAUUAUAGUACAUCUCUUUGUAAUUUCUUUGCCAUCAUUUAUUUUUUUGAAAAUGCUGUUGGUACUUUAACAAAAAAAGAAAUGCAUUACCUUUCUGCCUGUGUGGGAAGUAUAGCCAUCUGGUGAUUCACUCUCUCAAGAGGCCUGUAAAAGUGGAAAAUGGAAUGAUUCCAGUCAAGUAAUAACAAAUAGAGUAAUCUCUCAUCUCACAAAACACAGUAACUUUGUCAAAUGAAAAUAUCGGUAAUACAUUCUUUAUCUGGGUGUGAGAGAUCAAUACGUUUGAAAUUCAAUGGUAUUUAAUUCACCACUAGGGGACAUUUAUUAGAGGGUACCUGUCAAAAGUUGGUGAUUUACAAAUGAUGAGACCCUGAUGGAGACAGCUUGCUGUCAAAAGCAUUAGUGACUAAAUAAUUGCAUCGGAGCUACUAGAGUGUGUGGCGUUUUUUUUUUUCUCUGAAAUGUUUUGCUUUCUCUAAAAGACUCCCGCGGUUGUGGGGCGACUCCAGGGGGGGCGUCCCAAACGGCACCCUAUUCCCUACAAAGUGAACUAGCUUUUACUUUUCAAAAGUAAUGCACUGUUUAGGGAGUAGGGUGCAAUUUGAGACAAAUUCUAUAAAAAGGCAGAGUGAACUGUAUACUACCAGGGAACAGCAUUUUCACAGUUGGUCAUUACAAAAAUGCUUCCGACCAUACAUUUCCAACCAGUACUGUUUUUUUUUUUUAUAGCUAAUUAAGCCUUUUUGUGGUAGCCAGAUACUGGUUCAUUGUGUUUGUUUCUUGUUGUUUGACAAAACACGGAAGAAUGUAGUCUCCUCCCCCUUCUCACUAUCUCUCACAUACUAUGACCAACUGCUAUUGAAUGUGCUGUGCCCAAUUCCACAUGGUUUCCCCUUUGCUACACAUGGCUAGGGCAUGCAGUAGUGACAGGGAACUCUACCUACAUCUUUACUAUAUGUCAGAGUAAACACCAAUGUGUUUUCUUCCAUUUCUCCUUCUCAUCACCCAACAUGUUCUCCUGCACCAUAUUGCUAGCCACAAACACUACCUUUCCCUGCUAAUGAAUUAGUGGUUCUUCUGUUGUUCCAAUGGCUCAGUCUGUUGAAGAUGGUGCUUGCAACACCAGGGUCACCACAGGGGGACAUAUACAAUGUGUUCACUUGAAUAAAAACGACAUUCACUUUUACUUAAAUCAUUCCAACCAUGUGCCUGGUUGCUUGUCAGCUAGUUGCUCCAUUUCUCGUUUCUCGUUUUGGGGGUUAUUUUCCUCCCUACCACCACAGUGACAGAAUAGCCUGAGCAUCAGGCUUUGCAUUGGAAUGGCCUGUGUUUAUUGGCCAUCAUACCCCCUCCUGGGAAAAGGUCGGUCUUGAUUGCAGCCUAUUGUUUGCUGUUGUGUGUUUGCCUGAAUCGCUGAUGGCCCCCUCUGCUCUGCUCAGUAAACGGCGGGGUGUCAAUGGCUCUUCUCCCUCUCUGUGAAUAAGUCAUCUCCAGGCUUUAUGUGACAAUCACUUGUCAUUGGUGAUUUGAUUCUUUACCAGGAAGGGGGUUGGUGUGUCUGACCAGUUGUGUUCUUGGUUUGCUGUUGUGACCAAUGUAGUUAGACGAGGGUAUUUGUUUAUCAUGCUUAUUCUGGACCAUUCCAACUCGUUUCUCUGGUGUUUUGUAAUCCAGUGCCUUGGACUUGGAUUUGGACGCAAUCUGUUAUAACAUGAGGCUCCCGAGUGGCGCGGUGGUCUAAGGUACUGUAUCUCAGUGCAAGAUGCAUCACUGCAGUAGCUGGUUCGAAUUCAGGCUGCACCACAUUGGGAGUCCCAUAGGACGGUGCACAAUUUGGCCCAGCGUCGUCCGGGUCUGGCUGGGGUAGGCCGUCAUUGUAAAUAAAAUUUGUUCUCAACUGACUUGCCUAGGUAAAAAAAAUAUAAACUACAUAUUGGUAAAAUGAGGGCAGUGGAAGGUAGGCCAAGAAAGAAGAUAAGUAGAUUGCUAGAUUGCACAAAGCAAUUGAUAUUGUAAGUCGGUAGCAGGGUAAUGGUUAUAUGAAGAAAAUAAUGAAACUGACUGUAUCAAUACUGAUAAGAAUGGAUGUCUCCCCCUAUCACUACACUGGGGCUCCGGCCGAACCCUUCUGGCCUUCCAAAACCACUCCCAGACACCGGUUUUCCAAGGUGGUUUCCCAUCCAAGCACUAAUCAGGGAUAAUCCUGUUAGUUUCAGAGGAAAGACAACAGAGAUCUGUCAACACUGCCAGCUCUAUUUCGAUUUGAGUCAGUUUCUGACAGGAAUUGAAAUAAUUGAAUAUGCAUAUGGUGAGAGUGCGAGGCAGAGAGAGAGCGGGAGAGAGGGAUGGAGUGCGUCAAGGACAAAAUAGCUAUUACAGGAUGACAGAAAGACAGUCCACUUCUGCUCUAAUCUGCGUGGACACGUAAGUGACAGCAACUGUCUGUCCCUGAGAGACUACGGCAGAGGCUUGUCUCAUACAUUUAAACAACCCACUGCUCCAAUACACAAAACCCGAGGGACACACCAAGGCCAAUUUCCUCAAGAUGUUUCACCAAUGUCCUGAUUCUCUGUAGGCAUGAAAGAUCUUAUGACAAGUGUCGAGGUGUUUUAAAACAUACUGUUUUAAGCGUUUGUUUUGGAGAUUAGAUAUAGGCUUUACCCAGGCGUAUUGGAUUGGUCGAUAUUCACAAUGUCCCAUUUUGCUUGAAAUUAUGAAGCCAUUGAUUUGUUUAGAGGAAAUCUAGUGACUUACAACAUUAUCAUGGUCACUUUGGUGUAGAUUACACAGUGUAUACUGACUUGAUGUGUUCCGUGAAACUGCAUUUGACCAUGCUGUUUUCUUGCAUUAAAAGUAUUCACUUGAUAUUCUUAUAAGUUGUAGGUCUGCAUUGGUAGCAAAUCUCACCAGGAAGAGACGUUUUAGACUGUCAUAUAAUUAACAGCUCUUGUUUAUUAUAAUGGUGUUUUCAAGGCUUACAAUAUUGGUAAAGUGUGGCCAUGUUCCAAUUCCUUACUGCAUUUAGUGAUACUGUUUGUCUUUCACACUUAACCUCCUUAUACUUUAGAAGUCUUUUUCACAUCACCAGUUUUGACUUGACUCAUCUGUGCUGUUAGUGAGCAUGACAUAUUAGGGUGGUCAACAAUCUUUUUGGAUGUGUUCACUAUGGAAUUCUGACUACGGGACAUUUCUUGAACGUUUUUCUACAUCGUCAAACUUCUAGAAGACAUGACUGUCGUGGUGGACACUUGCUUUCUCACUUGGACUCACAGCAAACUAAUUUCUGUGAGACUGAAGUCACUUUGAACUGAUUUACAGUACAUGACUCUCAAGGCUAGGAUACAACAAUACAUUUCAGGGGGUGCCCAGAUAGGGUACUCCAGGAUAGGAGUACAUGUCAUGCCACUCCCUGGUCCAAAGGCCUACGAAGCAAAAAUAAGCCCCCUCCUGAAUUGUCUGUCCACUUUACUUUGUACCCUUGGCCUACAAGGGUUGGGAGAGGGAAAGAACCAAUGCUCUUACCACAGGAGAAAUUAAGCAAAAAAGAGAGGCACUAUAACAAACAAUAAUGAAAUAUUUUAUGAAAUAAGCACAUAUUUUAUUGACUAGGAUUUGUUCAUUAUUGAUAAUGCUAUACAAGUUAGGCUGUAUAUGUCAGGGUUUUCGGUUUAGUGUAAAAGGUUGAGAUGAAAUGAAAUUAGAUUUACUAUGAUUCCUGUGACUAUAUCUACUCUAGUAACAUUAAAGCAUAUUAUGAAAUACUAAAUGAAUUGAGUAAAUUGGUUUCAUGCUAAGUUGAACAUGUUAUGAUAAAGUAAUUCACUAGCCCGGUACCAGAUCUGUUUGUGAUGUCUUGGCGUAUGGUCAUUGUAACGCAGCACAAACAGAUCUGGGACCAGCUAGUAAUUCCCCAUGUGCUCAUCAAAAUCACAUUCUGUUGUAAAUAAGAACUAAAUCUGAACGCAGAGAACCGCUUAAUCUUUUACAAUGUUGUAGAUUUAUUUAUACAAUUUCAAAGAGCUCAUUUGUUCAAAUAUGUACUGUAUAAUGAAGAGAGAAUAUCAUUCAAUAAAUUGCACACAAUACUUUCUCAAAA